AUGUUACACAGGCAGAUUGGGAUUUUGAAUGUCUACGAGCCGAACGUUCAAGGCGAAAGACGGGAUUUUUUCGCGCUAUUGAAAGCUAUCAUUUCUGAUUGGAGGAUCCCGGGUAGUUUAUUCACUUGGUUUAGGGGUGGAGGGUUAGUUGGUGCUAGUAGGCUUGACAGUUUUUUGUUAUCUCCUGAAUUAUUCAGUUGUUAUCCUUAUUUGGUGCAAUGCUCUUUGCCUCGAAGUUUAUCGGACCACAAGCCGAUUAUCCUAAAAGAAAAGUCGUUAAACAAGAUUUUUAGACCUUUCAAAUGGUUUAAUUAUUGGGCCGAUGAUUCGAUUCUGGUCGAUAGAAUUAAAGUGCUAAGUGAAGUUAACAAAGGCAUCGGUAUCAACAAAUUUUUACUAUUGACGAAGAACUUGACAAAGGAGAGAGCGAGAGAAGUCAGAGCUUUGAAAGCUGAUUCUGUAGAAGAGAUUAGCAGAAAUAUUGAUUUGUUAGAAGAAAAAUUAUUGUCUGACCCAUGUAAUAGUCACUUGCAGCAGGAGAUUUCUUCGUCAAAGGCUAACAUGUGGGCUGUUACAAGGAAGGUUGAAAGAGAAUGGCUUCAAAAAUCUAGGCUCAAGUGGUUUAAGGAAGGGGAUAAAAAUACAAAAUUCUUCCAUCUCACAGCUGUUUUAAGGGGUCGUAAAAAUCAGAUUUCCAAGCUGAAGUUUCAGAAUGUGAUUUUCAAGAAUCAGGCGAGUAUAAAGAGAGUGUUUGUCAACUAUUUUUUUGCUGGUUACAAUGAGGUCAAAACGAUUCCUCUAAAUAAAUUCGACAUCCCUCUAAAGAGAAUUAACUAUGUCUCUAGGAGGUUUUUGGAGAGUCCUUUUUUGGAAGAGGAGGUUUAG